GCGCCAAGUCUCCCCGCUGGGGCCAUGGCCCUGCCGCCCUUUUUCGCCCCGGGCCGUGCGGGCCCGCCGCCCCCCGCUCCCUUCGGCUGCCCGCCGCCGCCGCCGCUGCCCUCCCCGGCCUUCCCGCCGCCCCUCCCGCCGCGGCCCGCCCCGUUCCUGCAGCCCCCGUUGGCCCUGCAACCCCCGCCCGCGGCCGAGGCGACCCGCGGCGGCGGCGGCGGCAGCGGCUUCUUCCCCGGGCCGCCCCCGCCGCUGCCGCCCCCGCCGCCGCCGCCGCCCCCGUGCCGGCCGCUCCCGGGCUGCGACUCCGGCGAGCGCCCGCGGCCGCCCUGGGGCCCGCGCUGGCCGGAGGCGCCGCUGCCGCCGCCGCCGCCCCCCGACGUGCUGGGGGACGCGGUCCUGCAGCGGCUCCGCGACCGCCAGUGGCUGGACGCGGUGUUCGGCGCCCCGCGGCGGGCGGGCGGCGCGGCGGCCCCGCGGGCGGCCCCCGGGCCGAGCCUGGGCGAGGUGCGCGCGCGCCUCCGCGGGGCGCUGAGCCUGGUGCGGCGGCUGCGCGAGCUGGCCCGGGCCCUGCGCGAGGCCGAGGCGGACGGCGCGGCCUGGGCGCGGCUGCACGCUGAGGCGGCGCCGCUGCGCGCCGAGCUGGCCGGGCGGCUGCAGCUGCUCACCCAGGCCGCCUACGUGGGCGAGGCGCGGCGGCGGCUGGAGCGGGUCCGACGCCGCCGCCUGCGGCUGCGCGAGCGCGCCCGGGAGCGCGAGGCCGAGCGGGAGGCGGAGAGCGCGCGCGCCGCCGAGCGCGAGCAGGAGAUUGACCGCUGGAGGGUCAAGUGCGUGCAGGAGGUGGAGGAGAAGCAGCGGGAACAGGAACUUAAGGCUGCUGCUGACGGCGUCUUGUCGGAGGUGAGGAAGAAACAGGCAGACACCAAACGGAUGGUGGACAUUCUCCGGGCGCUGGAGAAGCUGAGGAAGCUCAGGAAAGAGGCUGCAGCGAGGAAAGGAGUUUGUCCGCCAGCUUCAGCCGAUGAGACCUUUGAGCAUCAUCUUCAGAGACUGAGAAAACUUAUAAAGAAACGCUCUGAACUGUAUGAAGCUGAAGAGAGAGCCCUAAGAGUGAUGUUGGAAGGAGAGCGAGAGGAAGAGAGGAAAAGAGAAUUAGAAAAGAAGCAGCGGAAAGAGAAGGAGAAAUUUCUACUUCAGAAGCAAGAAAUUGAGUCCAAAUUAUUUGGGGAUCCAAGUGAAUUCCCGCUUGCUCACCUCCUGCAGCCUUUUCGGCAGUAUUACCUCCAAGCGGAGCAUUCCCUGCCUGCGCUCAUCCAGAUAAGGCAUGAUUGGGACCAGUACUUGGUGCCAUCGGAUCACCCCAAGGGUCACUCCGUUCCCCAAGGAUGGGUUCUUCCCCCGCUCCCCAGCAACGACAUCUGGGCAACUGCUGUUAAGCUCCAGUAGUGACGAUGCUCCUGGAGUGUGUCUGGCCCAGGGUUCCUGCUGCUGCGUCU